CCUGUACGCGGUGAAUUGGAUUAUUUAUGCACGCCCCUUAAGUCUCUGGCUUAAUUGUCUUGUGUAGAUAUUUCACAAGGAUGGUUGGUGGAUAUGCAGUCUUACGCGAUAAGUCAGAAAAGACUAUCAAAUACAGGACUCCCAGGGGUAAAGAGGUUUGUUUGACAAGAGAAGUCUAUCUUCGGGAUGACAUACUAUGUAGAAGUUUGUCAUGCUCUCAGAUCGAGUGCCAUCAAGGUGGAUAUUGCUUACCAAAAGACUUAAAAACCUAUGUCUUAAUUGAUGGAUUUUAUGCUCUAAACUACUGGGAACUGUUUGAGCUUGAAGACAUAAAGGGUGUUAUUGUUACACUGUCGUCAGUGAAUUUCGUUCAGCAACAGGCCUCGACAAAACGCCCAUACAAAAGAAUCCGUUCAAGCCUUGAAGAUGCUAGCCAAACAUGCAUUUUAUUCGAUAAUGAGUUUAAUCGCUCCUGUUUUCGUCCUCCUUUUGCAGACGAGAGCCUUAAGGAUUACACUACGAGGUUAGGGUGAUUUGUGUUAAACUUUUUGACAGGAUGAAUUGGGUUGCUGCUAACUGGUAUAUACAUCACUUGAAAGGUCAUGUUUCGCUAGUUUUCGUAACAGAUAACGAAAGUCGUGUCCACACUUAUUCAUCUGAAAUAAACACCACAUCGUGUAAAUUAACUGUCUUGGAUUUACCAGGGUUUUUACAGAUGUACUACCCCACGCUCACAACUGCCAAACUUUUGUUUGAUUCUUUGGAUGUAUCACUUCGUUCUAUCCAAUCCAAAGACCACAAUUUACCAGAGCUCUCAAAAUCAGAAAAUCCUUCAGAGUCUUUGGACUCGUACAUCAUGCCUUCAGCGCCUUCUAUUGGUCACGUAUAUCCGGAAUAUUUACCUGAAUCGGCUUUAGCUGCCGGUUUACGGUCUGGACAAUUUUUGAAGGGCAUUCUUCACGUGUCACGUUUUCGACCGACUACUGAGGCCACGGUAGCCUUAACAGAUGCUAGUGCAGUAAAGCACCAACCAGAACUUAAGGAAGCGUUGGCUGCACGGAGUGAGAUUAUGAUUCACGGGCUACAACAUCGUAAUCGUGCUGUUGAUGGAGAUGUAGUCGUAGUACGUCUUUUACCCCGUGUUCAUUGGAAAACUGUUUCAUCCGAUAUUAGUGCUCAAGAAAACUGUGCAGCUGAAUUUGUAAGUGACUCAUCAAGUAUAUCCGGAAGCAAACCCAAUCAGGAUUGUCUUGAUUCAGAAACAUUAUCAAGAAGUCUGCCUUGUGGCUUUGUUGUUGGUGUUGUCAGUCGUAAUUGGCGUGAUUAUGUCUGUACAUAUGUUCCUAAAUCUACUGAAAGUGCAUUAGAUCCAAAAAAUGAAAGUGGAUGGAUAAUAGUUACUCCAUGGGAUCGUCGUAUUCCCCUCAUUCGACUGCAUACUACACAAAUUUCCAAGCUAACUCGUGAACGUUUUAUUGUACGAAUCGAUACGUGGGACUCGUAUUCAGCUUAUCCAAGUGGUCAUUUUGUUCAAACUCUAGGUUGCAUUGGCGAUUUGGAAACGGAAACACAAACCAUACUAAUUGAACAUAAUUUAAUUAUUCGAAAUUUUACUGAUGCACAGCUGAAUGAAUUAGCACCACUAAGUGUCCAACGCCCUUGGAAAGUUGAUCCCGAAGAAGUAAAGAAACGUCGAGAUCUUCGAUCGCCCACUAUUUCAGGAAAUCCAAAGUCCGAAGAUAUACUUAUCUUCAGUAUUGAUCCUCCUGGAUGUCAGGAUGUAGAUGAUGCUUUGUCCGUUCAAUGGUUACCACCUAUCGUCGAUGAAUAUGGAAAAGAACAUAAACGUUUGCAACUGGGAGUACACAUAGCUGAUGUUAGUUAUUUUGUUCCAUCUGGUAGUUAUAUUGAUAGUGAAGCUCGAAGACGUUCAACCAGUAUUUAUUUAGCUGAUCGUCGGUAUGACAUGUUACCAGGUUUGUUAAGCGGAGACUUAUGUUCUCUAUGGAGCGGGCGUGAUCGCUAUGCUGUUAGCGUAUUAUGGGAAAUAGAUAUGGAUUCAUUCGAUAUCUCAAAUAUAUGGUAUGGUCGUACGGUAAUCCAUUCAAGCUAUAAGUUAACCUAUGAACUUGCUCAACGCAUAUACGACUCAGUCACUUCAGAAAAUAUUUCAUCGAAUAGCUUUGCAAUGGAAGAGCUUGUUAAGAAGUCAGGUGGAUUGGAAGCUGUUAAAAAUGAUAUACCUGAAUUAAGAGAAUUAAACCGGGAUGAAUGUUUAACUGCUUUGGACAAGCUUAGUAAAUCUAUUUUACUAUUGGUUGAUAUUGCCUCCAAUAUUCGUGAACGUCGACUUGCUAAAGGAGGUUUAGAACUUGAAAGUGUAGAAGUUAGUGUUCAAUUUGCCAAUCCUGAAACACGUACUGGAAAACUAGAGGAUUUGAUUCCAAAAGAGCCCCUUGAAAUGCACAAUACAGUAGCGGAGCUAAUGAUAUUUGCAAACCAUUGGGUUGCACGUCGAUGUGUAGAAUAUUAUCCUGAUCGCGCUUGUCUACGUCGACAUCCACCUCCGCGUCCGGAAUAUUUCGAUGAACUUAAACGCUGUAUAGCUUGUCGAGGUUUUGUUUUAGACACAAAUUCCAAUCUUUCACUAGCGAAUUCCUUAAAAAAUGCAUCAGAUCCUAAUGAUCCCGAGGUUAACAAGGUGGUACGUCAACUUGUUACACGUGCAAUGACAAAUGCACUAUAUUUCUCAACUGGUUCAUCAAAUAUGACACAAGAUCAGUUUUCCCAUUAUGGCUUAGCCCUUAAUUUGUAUACACAUUUCACAUCGCCUAUACGACGUUACGCUGAUAUAAUUGUUCAUCGCCUUCUGCUUGCUUCAUUAGGAGACUAUAGGUCACUGACAACAACACAAAGUGAACUCAACUCAAAAAAUACUGAAUUAGUCACAAUUUUAGAAAAUAAAACCGACGGGUUAUUCUCUUCUGAAGAAUUAGCUUCUAUUUGCAAUCAUAUGAACGAACAACACUGGGCUGCUCAGCAAGUUCAACGAUCCAGUUUAGAAUUAUUUCAAGCUUUGUUCUUUAAAGAUAAACCAGUUGAUGAUCCAUCUCGAUAUGCAGAAGGAAUCAUUUGUCAGUUAAGAGGCACAAAUGGAUUUAUUGCCUUUGUUCCCCGAUACGGUAUCAGAGGUGCAGUUUGCAUAAAAAACGCGGAUGGUCACAUAGCAUGGGUUGAUCAUACAACAUCUGAUACUGGUAACAUUCAUUGGUUACAAGAUGUCCAAAACAUAGUGAUUGAACGUGUUCAUUCAUCCGAACGAUCAGAUUGUGGGGUUUUAGAAGUCCGCAACUCCAAAACUAAUGAAUGUCAACAGUAUCGUAUGUUUGAUCAUGUCUUGUUAAAAAUAUAUGUCAGUGAGACUAUUGCUCAUGGAUUAAAUAUAAGAUUGGAACUUGUAGGUCUCCCUAAAACAACAAAUGAUUCUAGAGGUAAACUAAUAACGGCUCAUACAACAACGGGAAAUCAUUCAGUCUGUACACCGAGCUUGAAUACAAAAUUAAUAAAGGAUGUACAAGAUAUAGAUGCUGAAAGACGUCAAAAACGCGAAGUGAGUGAUCAGGAACAUGUUGAUGUUUCAAAACGCAAGCAGUUGAUUGCACAAUUACAUGAUUGUUCUUCAGUAUAUCACCGAUUUCAUAAACUUCUACGUCAGUCUAAUGAACAUGAGAUGGAAACUAACUGAUUUCUGAAUUUCUUGUCAUGCUUCAACUUCAUUUUGAUUAAAAAUAACUUUUCUGUUAAGUGGGGAACAAUUUCAUUGUAUAAAGUCACAUGAAUUUAGUACACUAUAUGGCUUGUUUAGUUAAAAAUGUUAUCCAUUUCUUUUACUAUAAAAUAUCGCACUUCAUUUGAAAGAUGAUUACAUCCGACUGGACUCUGCUGUAUAUGACUUUUUACAUGGUGUACUGAAAAAAUACAUGAUUCGUAAUGUGCUCUGAAAAAAACCAUCUUCAUGAACUCACUGUCAAUUUAUAUUACCCGCUUUCCAAAAUGUUUACCUAGAUCGUCAGUGACUGAAGGAAAGCAUUAUAUGGGAUAAUAUAGUUUCUUAACAAUUUACUUGUUAGAUAAAUUUCAAUUUUUGUGCUUGGUUCCUUGAGUCUUCCAUUCAACUAACUAAUUAAUCUAAUUCUCUUAGGGUUUUUUCACUUUGUAGAGGUGUUCUCAUGCCUUUAUAGUACCUCAUUUACACCUAAAGACUGAUGUUUUAUUUUCUGGUGCAUGCUCGAUUUGUUUCCUUGAGUCAAGAGUAGUCCGUCUGCUACGCUAAAUCAAUGUAACUACUGAAACUGUAUGAUUAUGUGGAAUCCUUCACGUAUAACUCGUGAAUACUAAUUUCCAUUCCUACUUU